UCCAGCGGCGACUCGUAUUCCCAAACCGGCUUUGACAUCAACGGCGAAAAGCCAUCAUCCUCAAAUCCCCUAGGAAACCCUCCCUUCCCAGGAUGGACAGCAGCAGGCGGCGUCAACUGGGUCGGCAGCAUGGCAGCUGAAGUUAACAGCUCACUCGUCCUGGCAUACAACUUUGCGUACGGCGGAGCAACUGUUGAUGCCGACAUUGUCACGCCUUACUUGCCGACGGUCCAAAGCAUGGAGGAUCAGGUAGAUACAUUCGUCAACAACUUGGCUAAGCAACCAGACUAUGCCCCUUGGAAGGCUUCGAAUACGCUCGCUGGUGUUUGGAUGGGAGUCAACGACGUAGGAAACAGCCAUUGGGCACCAAACGUGACUGAUAUUAUGGAAGCUUCAGUGACGAGAUACUUUGAGCUGCUUCAAGUGCUCUACGACUCUGGACUGCGCAGAUUCGUCCUGUUGAGCGUUCCACCAACCAACUUGACCCCAACCAUGUUUAACCAAGGAGAGGAAAACACUUCUCGCCUCAUCACUGCCAUCGGGCUAUUUAACGACCACAUAACUUCCAAGCUCCGCGCUUUCAAGAAGGCCAACCGUCAAGCGAAAAUCACCCUUGUUGACACAUCACGCGCUUUCAACGCGGCAGUCAAAAACCCUACAGCCUACGGUGCUCCUGAUGCGCUUUGCAUUAACCCAGACGGAGUUUCUUGUCUUUGGAUGGAUGGUUACCACCCCGGUGUCGCCAUUGAGAGGCUUGUAGCCAAGGAUGUGGUCAAGGAUCUCAAAGCGGAUGGGUACAAGUGGUAA